GCAGGUGGCUAAAGGAGCAGCAGAAGAAGAAAUCCGACGCCACAAGCAGAAAGUAGGAAGCAGGGAUCAUUGUACUGUAGAAUUGGCUUAUACAACGACAUAUAUAAACACAGCUUCUGGACGACACUUCACAGAAAUAAUAACAUGCCUAGAAAGAUUGUGAAAGGUGGGACAGCCAUGCCCAGAAUUCGAGAAAACUCUAGACUAAUGCACACACACGAAUCAAUGGUAGAUUACCUGAGUGGACGCGAUCCUUCUGGCAAUUUCCUGAAUGCUAUUAGGCCUGGCUUUUUUGGUUUAAAUUUUUUAAAUCCUAUGGAGGAAGAUAUCGUUUAUUCAGAUGAUGAUGACGACGACGACGGUCGUUAUUAUCAAUGCAGGCCCGCUAACAGGACUUUAGAACCACAUCCGCAAAUAAAACAGCUCACUGAUGAGGAGGCUGAUAGAAUUGCAAAGGAAUUAAUAGAAGAAGAGGAAAGGCGUAAGGAGAAAACUAAGAAGAACAAGCGUAAAAAAAUGCGUAAAAAAGAAAAGAAGCGGCUAGAAAAGGAGAAUGCAGUUAAAGACGGUUCACCUGAGGAAGAACAAGGCAAGUCAGAUUCCUCUGAAAAAGAAGAUGAUGACACUAUAAUUGAAAGUAAUGCAGAAACAACUGGAUCUUCACAAAGCGAUAAAACUCAGAAGGCAACUGAGGCAGCCAGAUGUGAUAAGACUGGUGCUGAUACUGCAGAAAAAAAUCUUGUGAAGAUGAAUGAGAACGAGGAAGAGGAGCAAAAGGAUUUGGAUUUAAAUUAUUCAUAUGCUGCUUCUGCUGAAUCGGCGCCUGAGGAGACGUGGAUUCAGAAGCAGAAAAAAGGAGGAAAAAAGGCAGAAAGUAAAUUAUCUGCAGUUCAACAGCCUGAAGUGGAAAAGCCAAAUAUCACUGAGGAACCUGAAGUUAGAAAGAAGGAGAAAGCUGAAACCAGUAAAGAGAAAUCAAUGGAUCCCAUAUUAGAGGAGUAUGCAAAGAGAAGCAUUGAGUUUGCCAACAUGGGAAAUCGUUUGGCUGCCUCUGGGCAGUACGAGAAGGCAGUAAAAUGUUUCACUGAGGCUAUUAAAUUCAACCCAAAGGAAUUUAAGUUAUUUGGAAAUCGGUCCCUCUGUUUUGAAAGACUACAGCAGUAUGAAAGUGCUCUCACGGAUGCUGACGUUGCACUCUCCAUGGAACCAAACUGGAUAAAAGGUUUAUUUAGGAAAGGGAAAGCUCUCUGUGGUCUUAAGAGAUACUACGAAGCCUCACUGAUCUACAAAGAGGUCCUGAGGCUGGAAAGUACAAGUGCUGAAGCCGCACAGGAGCUGAAACGAGCGCAGACGCUGCACCUCAUGGAAAUGGGCUUCAGCUGGGCACUGAGCUCUGAAGCCCUGAAAACUCACGGUACACUAGAGGAAGCUGUGGAAGCUCUGUUUGCCAGUGAGAGUAACACAGGUCCUGGAGUCUGCACAGCUCCUGCCACCAGCAAAGAGACAGCAGACCCACCAGCAGGGCUGAAAGAUGAUGACGGUGACGAUGACGAUGACGAUGAUGAUGAUAACGAUGACGAUGUGGGAGAGUGGACUGUCUUACAACCAAGCCGCCCUCGAAUGCAGCAGAUGAGAGAGUCUGACGCGUUUGGCCAAAACAGAUCGAAGUCUCAGUCGCCCACCCCUCGCUCCAGGAAUGGUCCAAAACCAGAACUUUUCCCUGUUUGGACUGGAUUAUUGGCGCCUACUGUCACCUAUGUAAAACUCCACGAGCUCUUUAGCAGAGCUGGGGCCAUCUACAGCAUCAAGAUGCUCCUGGAGCAACAGUGUGCCUUUGUGAACUACACCAGAAAGGAAGAUUGUGAUAAAGCCAUCCAGUGUAUUAAUGGAAUGAUUUUCGAGGGGGCUCCGCUGACGGUGCGAUACCCCUACAAAGUCCACCCUGAACUCGGUGGGUCCAAAUUAGCUGCUACUGACCGCUGCCCUCGCCCAAGCACAUACAAGAAGGAGUGCUUUUUCUGGAGGACGACAGGAUGCACGAGGGACGACUGCACCUUCAGACACGUCCCGGAGCACAAGAACAUCGACAGGGACAAAUUCACCAGCAGGCUGGGAUUGCAUGCAGCAAUUCAAAAAUGAUCACGCCAAUGAGAACCACGUGGCGUUUCCUUUGACUUGACGCCGUGAUCGUGGCACCGUUUGUUUUUGUCAUUGUUCUGGUUCACAGGAAAAAAGUUUGCUUUAAAUUGUUUAUUAUUAGAUUUUGGUAAAUCUGUGCAUCGCCAUCACUGUAUGUGUCCAAAGGAGACAUGGAUCGACAUAGUACUACGUUAAUAUUAUAAUUAUUCAUGUGCCUUCUUAGAGUGGCAUAUAUAUAAUAUGCCGUAAGCGCUAAGCAAUCUUUGGCAAUGGUUUGUUUUCAGGAAUUCCUGAUUCCAUUUUGUUCUAGAUUAGAUUUUAGUUUGUUGCAUUUUAUUUUUUAAAUUAGAUUUAACUGAUUUUUUUUCUGUUGAUUUGAACACUAGGUGGCACCAUUAUAUCUAGCCUUGAACUUCAGGGCUGCAAAGUCUUUGCUUUCGUUUUAAAGGCUGUGAUUCCUCUUUGGGUAUUUUAUUUGCACAUUUAUUGUGCAGCGUUUCAUUUUGUGUCAUCUUAAUGCUGGGCAGCGGUUUGGUAAUGUGUGAAAAGCUCAACGGUUGGAUUCUGUUGGUAUGAACAUUAAAGGUUUCUAAUGCUCCA